AUGGCGCCGCACUCAGCGCCGAAGCGCGAUACGCGGGAUGGCUUGACGGGGAAGAAGAAGCAGCGCCCAGGAACACGACCACAUCGAACGGGAACCGCGUCGAACGGAGCCGCCGAGACAGCAAUGCCGGCCAACAUGACCGUGGACGACUUCCUGGACGGCGGUUUCGCGACAAUCACCCGCGAGGAGAACCCGCCACAUGCAAGGAGAUCACACAUCAACAGCAAAGAUGACCCCGCAGAGGAGGGGCCGCCUGCACGACAGCGCCGCAAGGCGCAACGCCGCCACGAGGACGUGCUCGACGAGGACGACUUCCGCGCGUACCUGCUCGGCGGGGCCCUCAGCGGCGGCGGCCCGAGCCCGCCCGCUUCCGACGACGACGGCGAGCCUCCCUCGGCCAAGCCGACUCGCGGGGAGAGCAGCGCUCGCGACGCGGAGCGGGCGCAGCGGUCCGACGAGCCCACGUCGUCGGCGACGACGAGCAGCGCCGACGACACGUCAAGCGAGUCGUCGGGCGGCGCCUCCGGCGACGCAGGCGCGGCGCUGCAACAGUCGCCGAGCGUCGUUGACUUUGAGGACCCGUUCCUGAAGCGUCGGAGGGCAAGCGCGGCGGCCAGGGGCGCGGAGGGAUCUGGCGUGGACCGGAGCGCGGCGCGGGAGGCCGGGGACGGCGGGGUCGUGUCCAGGGGGGAGUUCCAAGCGAUGCAGAGGGAGGUGGAGAGGCUCGGAGCGAAGGGCCUGGACAAGAAGGCGCUGGCGGAGUUUAAGGCGCGGGAGCUCGAGCGGAUCGGAGCCAAGGCCGACAAGGGGCCGCGCAUACCUCUGUCGAUAGGCAAAGGACUCGCGAAGAAGCGGAAGCAGCGGGAGGACGCCGCGCGGGACCUGGCGUUCGAGACCGGGAUGGCGCAGCGGAAGGGGUCCGGGAAGGCGAAGCGGCGGGAGCGCGCCCGCAGCGUGGACAAGGGGCUGGGGGAGCUAGGGGGCUUUUCGGCGGGGAUGCUGCGCGUUUCAGGCGACGGCGCGGGCAGGAGGCGCCGCGGCGGAGGCGCUGCGGGCGGCGGCGUGCGGCGUGGGGGCGGCGGCGUGCGGCGUGGGGCCCCUGGCCGGCCAAAAUUCAAAAUCCCAAAGUUUUGA